AAUACACAUUCAGAAAUUCAUCAGCAAAGGAGAGAGAGAAAGAAAGAGAUCACCUUUCUAUGGAUCUUCGAGCACCUUGUAGUAUUUCCACUUCAAUUUACAGAAAUACGGCAUCUAGCCGGAAACUUCCCUCCCGUAAUUCGUUUAAAUGCCGGAGAAAGACCACGUCGGAGCUUCAGGCAAUAGUCUCCGACCAAGUCAGCAACAGUUCGCCGUCAAUCCCAACUCACAAAGUCACCGUUCAUGACCGACAACGAGGAAUUGUUCAUGAAUUCUUUGUGCCCGAGGAUCAAUAUAUAUUACAUAGUGGUGAAUCUCAGAAUAUAUCCCUCCCAUUCGCUUGCAGGCACGGGUGUUGUACUAGUUGUGCUGUUCGUGUAAAAUCUGGACAAUUGAGACAACCUGAAGCUUUAGGAAUUUCUGCUGAAUUGAAGUCACAGGGUUAUGCACUUCUAUGUGUGGGUUAUCCAUCUACUGAUCUUGAGGUUGAAACACAAGACGAGGAUGAGGUAUAUUGGCUUCAAUUUGGUAGAUAUUUUGCUCGAGGACCGAUUGAGAGGGAUGAUUAUGCAUUGGAGUUAGCUAUGGGUGAUGAAUAAGGGAGGGGAGCUUGAUUGCAUUGCUAAUUAAAGGUUAUGUUUUUGUAGGAUUCUUGUUGAGAGAGGACAUGUUUGUAACUUGUGGUGGUGCAUGUAAUAUAUGGUUAUUGGACUUGUUCUUACUUUUGGUCAAAACAAAAACAUUACAAUGGUGCAAA